GGCCCCUGGGGUGGGAGCCCCGGUGGGCCCUGCACCCCCCAGUCCGACCCUGUACAAUUUCACUUAUAUUUUUAACAGUUGACAAUACAUUUGAUGAAUUUUACUCCCACUAUAAUGUGACAAACCCACAUCUUGCAUUACUGCUACUGCAUGCGAAUGUAAUAAAGUCGUUCAAAUACCGUUUGAGCGAAUGAUAUUUUUUCAGCCGUUCGUUGAUUAUUAAUAAUGACACUUUUAUUUUACAAAUAUUUUUUUUUCAUUUUGUUCCGUAUUUUGCUCUUCUGCCGUUGUUUGUAAACAGGUACCUGGGGUUAAUCAUUUGUGUGCAUGAAAGAUGUACCCUCCAUUUUGACAAAACCAAGUGCCCAAAAAUACGCAGUUUAUCCAUCGCCGAGCGAGCGUCAGCCUUAGGAAUCCAACCGUGACCUUUGCUUACAAGAUAACGGCACUUUUUAGGAAAACCUCACUAUGAGCUGCUCAAGGCUAAAGGACUACCAUGACGAAGAGCUCGAACCUUGUCUUUUUUUUAACAUGUACGUCGGGGUCGAUAAGACAGUUUCCAAGAAGGAGUUUUUGGAAAAUGCCCUAGAAUUUCUCUAUAAUUUAUUCUCAUCAGGUUCUGUGAAGGGAGAAACGUUGAUGAAUAUUUCAGUUGGCGGUUGCUUGUCUGAAAACUUUAUUACCGCUGAUUUCUUCAACAAUAUUAUACUGCUGGAAUCUUCCGACGCCUGUAUGAAAGCCAUAGAGAACUGGGUGAGAAAUGAACCCGGAGCUGUAGAACAAUCCCACGCUGCAGAGUUUGUUUGCUCACUUAAAGGGCAAAGUACGGAGUGGAAGAAACAAGAAGAAAAAACCAGAAAGGCAAUCAAAAAAGUGGUAAAAUGGGACAUCACCAAAGAGAACCCACUGGGUGAAGUUGUGUUGCCCCAAGCAGAUUGUAUAGUCAUUCUUUUUUACUUGGAGCUAGUUAGCAAAGAUCACAAUAUGUAUAUAACCCUUCUGAAGAAAUUGUUAUCCCUUCUGAAGAUUGGAGGUCACCUGAUCUUUAUGACACUGAUCAACAUCUCUUAUUACACAGUCGGCCAACACAAGUUUGCUGCACUGAAGUGCAAUGAAGAGUUCAUACAAAAUUCUCUGACAGAAGCCGGGUGCAGUAUUCUGAGCGUUGAAACUCACAAAAGGGAAUUUAAAUCCCCUAUGGUGGAUCAUGAAUCAAUUGCAUAUUUUGUGUGCCGUAAAGACAGGGCGGUUUAACUGGUGAGAUGCAUAACCCAGUUGCAAUUAUAUUUCUCCCAUUAAUCUUGCAUUAAAUUUGGAUUAUUAUCACUUCUACAUUUAGAUUUGUGUCCCUAAUACAUAAAACAUUCCCAAUUUUCCAGAUUUUCAUCAAAAUUGAAAAAUAAAAAUCACUGGUCUUGAAAACAGA